ACGUGAGGCUUCGUUUGUCAAUGUUCUGGGUCGAGUCAAAAGAGGACGACCCCAUCAGAGAUUUCAUUGUGUUUAUACAGGAAGGGCAUUUGGAUUAUGUACCAUAUGAAGCUCGGCCUCUAACAGAAUUGCCCUGGCGGGUAACUUCGUGUGUACGGACAAAAUGCAGCACUUACAUGGUAAGAGAGAGUUUAUUAUAUAACAUACCGUACAGUGCAGUGUCUCUCAGUUAAGGUCAGAUAUGGAGACCCCAACAGUGACGUAGAAGGAGCUUCCACACGUGAUGACAAUGUUUCUUUAAAGGAUUUACAACGGAUUUUGGGUAUGUUUGGAAAACCUACAGCAAGAAACCUGCAGAAAUAUUGAUACAGUGACUAAAAAUACAACAUCUGCUAAAGUCAUUCCAAUAAAUGGACACAAAAAUUGGUGAAUGAAAGCAACAAAAACUUUCAUUUUGGAAAAGAUUUCCAUCAGAACGGCAGGAGAGCUGAUUAAGAGCAAGACUACACAAGGAUUUUUAAUCGCAUUAGGAUGGGACAUUGACAAGAAACAAACAAACUUCUUUUUGCCUGAACUCACAAACCACAGAUUCUGUUAUAGGUGUAUAAUGUCUGUGAUAUUGUAAAUUUUUUUGGAUGGAUGUUCCUAUGAAGCUACUUCAUAUUUUGGAUACCAGGAAUUUGCGUUAGAGGAUUUGCUUUCAUGAGUGGAUGAUGUUAUUGUUCUGUUUUUUUUCGACGUGAAGACCUGAAGUCUAGUUUGUGGAACUCUACCAGCAACUCUGAGCGGAUGAAAGCUUUAAACCGAUUCCCAUCAUUCAAUUUAAACCUACGUCGACCCAGACGAUCCAGUCACUCCACAGCAGCCUGCAACAUCGAGCUUGUUGCUCCAAGGGUGAAGGAGCGCACGCAGAACGUGACAGAGAAGGUCACGCAGGUACUGUCUCUAGGUGCCGAUGUUUUACCUGAGUACAAGCUCCAGUCUCCGGACGUCCACAAGUGGAUCAUGUUGCACUACAGUCCUUUCAAAGCCAUGUGGGACUGGAUCAUUCUUCUGCUAGUGCUCUACACAGCCGUCUUCACUCCGUACUCGGCUGCUUUCUUCCUCAAUGAGCUGGAGGAGGAGAAGAAACACAUCUGUGGUUACACCUGUAACCCUUUAAAUGUAGUAGAUGUGAUAGUGGACGUUCUGUUCAUCAUAGACAUCGUUAUUACCUUCAGGACGACAUACGUGAAUCAUAAUGAUGAGGUGGUGACCCAUCCCAAGCUCAUCGCUAUCCACUAUAUCAAAGGCUGGUUUCUCAUCGACAUGGUGGCCGCAAUUCCAUUUGAUCUGCUCAUCUUCAGGUCUGGAUCAGAUGAGACGACGGCCACUCUCAUUGGUCUGCUGAAGACAGCCCGUCUGUUGCGCUUGGUCCGGGUGGCCAGAAAAUUAGAUCGAUACUCAGAGUAUGGAGCUGCAGUCCUCUUCUUGCUCAUGUGCACCUUCAUGCUGAUUGCUCAUUGGUUGGCAUGCAUGUGGUAUGCCAUUGGUCAUAUGGAGAGGCCCUACAUGAAGACAGGUUGGCUGGAUAACCUGGCUGAUCAACUGGGGAAACAUUACAACGACAGUGAUGCCAGCUCAGGACCCUCCAUUCAGGAUAAAUACAUCACUGCACUCUAUUUCACCUUCAGUAGUCUGACCAGCGUGGGCUUUGGGAAUGUCUCUCCAAACACUAACUCGGAGAAGAUUUUCUCGAUUUGUGUCAUGCUCAUUGGCUGUAAGUAA